AUGAAAGCCGCCGGUCCAAAAAAGAAGCCGAAGAAGACGACGAAGGAAUCGAAGCAAGAUGGGGCUGUCGCAGCGGCUGCAUCUUCGGCCGACGCGCCAGACCAAGAGAAACGCGGUGCUGACCUUCUAGAUCAGGCAGAAGAGCGAGAGGCUUACCGCUUGAAACUGAGCAAGUGGGCGGAUGGGGCGCUGAAGACCAUCAAGAGCCCGCUGUUUUGGCUUUUCUUGCACGUUAGCAGUCAGGCCCGGUCUCCGUUGUCGCAUUUCUUUGCAUGGGCUCAAAAGAAUUCCGACGAGCGUCUUAUUCAGCAGCUGGUCACUGGCCGCGCGCAAGAGUUCCAGGAGGAGUUCGACAAAUUGAUACAGACGUUUUCCACUUGGUUUGCCGCCGCUGCGAAGGACGCAGGUGCGGAAGGGUUGCCAGCCGAAUUGAUGAACUUGGCACGUACUCUGGCCUUCAAACUUGUGGUUCAUGCUUCGGCAAGCUUUUCCAUGCGGGUGACGACGCCAAUGCAGAGGUACCCUUACAAGUUGUUUUGGAUGCUGAAGCGGCAACCUUUCUCCCGCUGCUCGGAACGGCAGCGCAUCGCGCAAGAGAUUUUGGAUUCGGCUCCUGAGCUGUUGGAGUCAAACUGUCGCAAGCUCAAGUUUCUGUAUUUGUCCGAGCUCCGGUUCGUCGCAAAGGAAGGCCGGUUUGACCAGAAUGCCAGCGAACAAGGUUCAAGGCUUUAUGCAGUCAUUUCGACGAUGUCCGAACUUCUGAAGGGAGACACCCAACUUGUUGAAUCCAUAAACUCGAUCAUCCGCCUCAUCAGCACAAGAUGUCCUUCCAUUGAUUUGGAAACCCUUUCUGCGCGUAUUACUGUGAAGAAAGCGCUGACAUCUGAGCUGCCUGCGUCUGGCAAAGGCAAAGGAUAUGCCAACAAGCGCUGGUCUGUGGUGUCAUCGCAUGCGAAGCCUCUGCUGAUGGAGCUUACGCUAGCAGGAACUGCGUACAGACAGACGUUGGACAACGUUAAGCGAUUCAGCCAGCCGAUGCGAACAACCAUGCCAGCUCUCGAGUCUACGCUCCAGAACACAGACCUAUCAAGGGCUUUGCCGGAUAUCCGGCGCACUCCCCAAAAGCAGUGGGUGUCAUCGCAAGCUACAAAGCUCAAAGCAUCGAUCGAUGCUGCACGCCGCGAGUCAGCCAGAUUGAAGGCUUUUGAGCCUUUGCGGCCAGCAUGCUUGACAGUCUUCUGUAUAAGAUGUGCUGCAGACCACCAAAAGCAAGACUUUUACUUGCAGCUGUUGACGUACCGUUCGCUGCUGUUGGUUGUUCGUCUGAAGUGUGAAGCAGAUGGUUCUUUGUGCCUGCCGCAGCACAGUGGGACUGAGAUCUUCACCACUGUGGAACUGCUGACUGGCCUUCACUCUGGCUGCUUUGACCCCGUGGCGCCCCAAACUUUCGAAGUUUUCUGCAUGAGCGCAAUGCAUGUGGAUGGUGCACGCUUGAUGUGCUUGGAUGAGAAGAGCGUGAACGUUGGGCCUGCUGCUGGCCUGAUCAGCUUGAGUUCAACCACAGCAUCUCCACUGGGGCAGAAAGCCAUCACCCACAUCAAGAUGGAGAAAGUUGCGAAAGCCACUGCUGGGCCCGUGGCAGCCGCGCCUGAGGGCAUUGCAGAUGCUGCAGGCCCGACUGACAGUGAUUUGUUGAACUCCGGUUACGGCUUUGCUGAGGACGUUGAGAAUUCCAACGCAGAAGCAGCCAAGAUGGACGAGGAACUGGGAACAGAACUCAUCGAGGCGGAGAAAGCUGCCCGCAUUCGAAAAGCAGUUUCUGGCAAGAAGAAGCCCGGUGCACAGUUGUCUGGGACAGCACCUUCCACUGGCUUACAGUGCACAGAUGUUUCCCUGCUUGAUGAAGCGGUUCAGCUUGUGGAGAACAUGCACUCCCACCACUCUUUGUCUCGCGAUGAAUUGGAGGAAGAAGCUGUCUUGAUGUUGGUGCGUGCUGCACAGGCCAAGCCCCCUGCGUCAGGUCAGGCCGACGAAAUGCAGCAGCUUUUAGUCACCACGCCUGAGCGCAAGCGCAGUCAGCAGCAGUACGCCUGCUUUGAAGACGAUCAAUCAUUUCUUCAGCAUAUCCUUGGCUCAGGGGACCAGGACGCCGAGGAUGCAGACGCAUAUGGAUCGGAUCCUGAAGAAGCCGGUGCCAGCGUGGCACAGCCCGUCGCUGCGCUCGCGGUGACAUCGGAGGGUGCCUCCAGUCCUGUGAAAGUUGAGGCUGCGGCUGAGUGCCAACUCAAAAAAACGAAGCGAGCAGCUGCACUGUGGGCAAAAUCCUUCUCUGCCACACUCGGAAGCAUUCUGGACAGGAGCCGAAGAAUGCAGCUCGGCUUGGGACACAACGAGGAGGUAUCCUUGCUGGCCACACGGCCGUGUGACAUGCUGGCGCAGGCAUUCAGCGCUGAUGGCGCGGACACAUACGGCCAAGAUUCGGCAUUGGAGAUUGUGUGCGUGAAAUGGACUGAUCCUGUCAGAAGAGAGGGCCGAACAGUUCGCAUAGACGCCAAGAGCCGUGUGGUGUGGGCUCCCGCUCAGCUCUUCGGCAAAGCGGUGCCUACGCAAUCUUUCCCAAUGGACGAGUACACUGAUCUGUUGCAUGCCAGCGGUGCGCAGUCUCGCCGUUACAAGGGAAACUGCCGAGAUGGCUUUCCAGAGCAUGUGAUAAGAUUUGUGGCUUUUUGUCGCUUGAUCUGCAGCUACGCUAAUCAAGCACCUCGGUCCGUACCCAGAACACUUUCACUGUAG